CGAACACAAGACGAAACAUGGCAGCAACUCCAAUCACUUUAGUCCUUUUCUCCAAAGAUACAACACUGUUACCAAUAAAAAGUCUCUAUGCUGUGGCUGAGUAUCUCUUCCAAUAUGGUGUGAAGGAUAUUUCACAAAAGGUUGACAAAGUAAUUGUCAACCUAACCUAUUCUCCGUGGCCACUCUAAAAAGAAAAUUCGGAAAUUUGCCAGUUCGAUACAUGCGAACUAAAAUCGACAGCAAGGAGGAGUUUAAGCUCCUGGAACAAGUUGUGAAAAAAUUCAAAUUUAACCUUUUGGACGAAAACCUAGAGGAGGAGUUCUCCUCCCAACCCGAACGCUUGCGGAUACUUCCUAGAGUCAAGGGAGUGAAACGAAAAUUGAAGAUCGAUGAAAUAUUUUCGACCGAUGAGGAUGCUAAUGAUGCUGAUGAUGAUGAUGAUGAUGAUGAUGAGGUGGCAGAGGCACAGCAGCAGCAAGCCUCAGCUAGUACAAGAAUAUCUAGUCCAAGUGC